GCUCAAAAGCCGGCGAAAGAUCCAUGCAGCGGACGUCGGCCGUGUUCCUGCUGCUCGCGCUGCUUGCGCUGAGUGCGAUCGCGCAGCAAGACGUCGACAACACGUUCUGCCCCAUCUGCAACAUGGUCGCUGUACCGGCGAUCGCGCAGGCCAUCCAAGGCGAUCAGGCCAUCUACGCCUGCGACAUGGCCGGCCACUUUCACCAGCUCACGAGCAGCCCGAAAACGUUCCUGCGUGGUGCGGUUGCCGUGCCGCAGCUGCCUGCACCGUACGUCAAAGCCAAAAUGGGCUGCCCCGUGUGCGGCCACCCCGACCUGACGCACGCGGUGCCAUGGGGUCCACAUGGCAACCAGAAGAUCUUUGCGUGCUCGGAAGACCACGCCAAGAUGAUUCUAGACAACCCGGCCGCGUACUUUGUCGCGGCGCCUCAAAACGACACGUCAGGCUUUUGCCACGGUGCGACGGGCAUGUACGAUGGGUUCCAGUCGGCGAUCGACGGCAUUUGCCCGCGCAUCUUCUUCGAGUCGUGGGUGCUCAACUCGGGCGUCAAGUACGCACUCGGGUUUUGUGGCGUCGUGCUCCUCGGUCUCGCAGUCGAGGGGCUCGUCGAAGCCCAAACGCUCUUGCGGCAGCGCUGGACGCGGCGAUAUGCGGUCGCCGUGUGGUCCGAGCCGUCGCUGGACGAUUCGCUUUUGGACGAGAGCAAUGCAGCGCUCUCGAAAGAGCUCUUAGCAUGCGACGAGCGCCCGCGCGUUGUGUCGCGUCGCCUGCCAAUGUGGUGCAAGGCGUGCUUGGCUGGCGUCUACAUGUGCACCAUGACUGGCGCAUAUCUGCUCAUGCUCGUCGUCAUGACGUACGAGACGGGCUUGUUUAUCGCCGCGGUUCUCGGCCUCGGACUUGGCUUCUUCUUCUUCAAGGACGUCGAUGGCCCGCUCAUGGAAGGCAACCCCGACCCGUGCUGCUCCACGUAGCAUUGCUUUCUCGUUGUUUACUAAGUGCUCGUUUCUUUCUGUGCCGCUGCUGCUUUAUGGAACACAAAAGUGUUACAAUUGUACCAACCC